AUGGAUGGUGCAGGGCAGCGGUAUGUCUUGCCGAAGUGGAUUGGAGAUGUUCUUGAGGUACAAGUAUGUUUGUUUGUGGGUGAUCACAGCAAAUGGGAAAAAAUAUCAGAGAAGGCAGCUCAAGGAAAACCAUUGACAAAGUCCCAAAAAAAAUCUUAUGAAGAAUGGCAGUCACGUUGUGAGCCACGUCUAGUCUUCAGUGCAGCAAAGAAAAAGCAGGUGACUGAUGCUAGACAGGUGAAAAGGGACAAAUCUUGUCUUGCAAUCCAAUUGCAUCUUUCGGAGUCACCAGAAGAGCUACAAGUGAGUGCAUCGGAUGGAAGCCGCUAUCUUCUUCUUCUGCUGAGAGGGCGCCCGCAGAAGCAAACAGUUCCGAAGGCCCGGGUUCUGAGUGGAGAUGUUCCUGCUUGCGUCAUUGAAGAGAUGCAGAAGGCGGAAGAGGAGGCUGAACAGGGGUCUGGAGAAGUUCUUCAUGACGAUGGGGAUCAAGCUGAGGCCCUCCCUGUCACUGACGAGAUGCAGGACAAGAUGUUGGACAUGCAAAAGGCCCAGCAGGACGCAGGAGAGCAGAGUGAUGAGCAGUCCGAGAAUGAAGAGGGAGAGUACCUUCUGGCCGACUCGGAUGAGGAGGUCAACCAGUUCCAUGUGGUUUCCAAGGUGGAGAAGGUGAAGAGUUUUUCAUUCCGAGAAGCAUAUGAGAAAUUGGACAAGUUGGGUCUUUGCUCCUUGCCAAGGCAUGUGCAAGGGUGCAGUCUGUCCUAUCAUGGAAAGGAAAGACGGUGGCAGGGUCUGUACCCUACCGCCAAGGUUGGGAUGUCUUUCUCUUGGGGGGGAAUCACCAAGAGAAAUGAAUGUGAAGCCUUGUUGUCUGCUGUGAGGGCAGUGCUUACAGCGCACUGCCGUGCCUGCCCAAAGGAUAAAUUGUGGGCAAGCCAGCUUGACAAAGUCAAAGUUGCUGAAGCCACCCAAAAGUUCUGA